AUGACCAAGACACAGACACAAACAAUGACGUUGUCGCCCGCGCAAGAAAUCCAACCUCCCGGCCCUUCGCCUCCCGAGACGUUCGAGCUGAGCCUGAAAGCGCCGGGGAGGUCACUUCGAGAACUAUCACGACGAGUCGUCCAUGGUGCGACAUCCGCUCCGUCGCCGGGACGUGCCUCAUCACACGAGGAGGACACGAUUCGCGAGGAACUCGACCCGCCCACAGAUGCUCAGCCCGUCGUCCAGCGAUGGAACGAACCAAGGGGAAAUAUCGCCAGACUCGGAUUUUCCUUCUUCUCGUUUAUUGUCACUGGAUUGAAUGACGGGGCUGUUGGCGCGUUGAUCCCCUAUCUCGAGACAUACUACGACCUCUCUUACACGACUGUGUCGUUGAUCUUCCUCACGCCUUUUGCAGGCUACUCGCUCGCGGCCUUUACAAAUGCCUCCAUCCACAGCCGCCUCGGCCAACGGGGGAUCGUCAUCCUGGCUCCGCUGUGCCAUAUCAUCACGUACGCGAUCCUGUCGGCACAUCCGCCCUUCCCUGUGCUCGUCAUUAGCAAUACAAUCUCGGGCUUCGGCAACGGACUGACAGACGCGUGUUUUUGUGCCUGGAUCGGAGUCAUGGAUAAAGCCAACGCCGUGCAAGGAUGUUUACAUUCUUGCUAUUCGCUGGGAGCAUUGUUCGCGCCGCUGAUUGCCACGAGUAUGGUGGUCCACGCGAAGCUGCCUUGGUAUACCUUUUACUAUGUCAUGGCCGGCGCCUCCGUUCUCGAGUUCAUCGGUCUCACCGCGACCUUCUGGCGCAAGACGGGCGAGGUCUACCGUCUCGAGCACCCCCGGGGGGAAACCGAAGCCAAGGGCGGCCGCACGAGAGAGGCGCUCAAGUCCAAAAUCACCUGGAUCUGCUCACUCUUCUUUUUCACGUACAUGGGCGUUGAAGGCAAGCACUAG